UAAUUGAGGUACUCAGGGUGUUCCAGAGGGUAACAGACCUUCCUGUCACUGGAGUGAUUGACAAGGCCACCCUAGAGAUGAUGAGACAGUCUCGCUGUGGCAUAGAGGACCCCUUCAAUCAGAAAACCCUCAAGUACAGAGUGCUGGGCUACUGGCGCAAGAGAAGCCUGACCUGGUGCAUCUACAACUACACUCCAGACGUGCCGAAGAGUGAGACAAAGAGGGCCAUCCGCUCUGCUUUUAAGUAUUGGAACGAUGUGGCUCCCCUGAGCUUCCGAGAGGUUGAGUAUGGACGAGCUGAUAUCAGGAUCUCAUUCCACACGAAAGAUGCCACUUGUGCCGUGCCUUUUGACGGGAGGGGUGCGUCUGCCUAUGGGCCGGAUACAAUUGGGUUGGAGUAACAAUAGCCUAACACACACACAGUAGGAGUAACCCUAAUUGCCAUUGGAAUAUAAAAUAAUACAAAAUAUUUUAAAUCUGUAGGUCACAUGCUGGCCCAUGCUGAACACCCACACCCAUUGUUCAUUUUGACUAGGAUGAGUUUUGGACCGAGGGCAUGUUCUACGGCAUUAACCUACGUAUCAUCGCUGCCCAUGAGAUAGGCCACGCCCUGGGUUUAGACCACUCGCAAUACAGAAGUGCUCUGAUAGCCCCUCUUUACACUGGUUACCGUAGCAACUUCCGUCUGCAUCCCGACGACGUAAAAGGCAUCCAAGCUAUGUAUGGUAAACGUGGUACAAGUGUUCCAGUUGAGCCAACAGUGACACUCCCCACAGACAGCCUCCCUGAUGCUGAGGGAGACAUCCCAGACCCCUUCACCGCCAGGCUAGAUGCCAUCAUGUUGGGUCCAUGGAGGAAGACAUUUGCCUUCAGUGGUGAUUAUGUGUGGACGGUCUCUGACAUGGGGCACAAUGCACCCAUGAAGAUCGACCGGCUGUGGAUGGGACUGCCUGGGAACCUGAAAACAGCUGUUUACUCUCAGAGAACCAACAAAACAUACUUUUUUAAAGGUGAUAUAGUGUGGAGAUAGUCCAGGAGAAAACUGGUGUACGGGUAUCCCAAAGAGCUCAAACGCCUCCCACCUAAUAUUGAUGCCGCUGGUGUUUUUCAAGGGUACAGGGUAUUGGCAGUGGGAUGAGCUGCGCUCCAGUAACCUCAACGUGUACCCCAAACCCUUGUCUAACCUCUUCAAUGGGGUGCCCUCCAGCCCUGAUUCUGCCUUUACCUGGACCAAUGGAAAAAUCUACUUCUUCAAGAGAGACAAGUACUGGCGUGUGAACAGUCUACUGAGCGUAGACAAAGGCUAUCCACUCAGAAAGAGGGAACGCUGGAUGCACUGUUAGGAGCAAGACACUAGGGGGAAGCAGACACCAUAAGCCUUGAUAGGGUGCUUUUGUGAUGUGUGCUCAGUUCAGGGAACCACAACAGCAACCACAACCACACUGUGAUAACAUUGUGUUCACACUGUGAGGUGUCUGGAAACCAUAUAUACAUAUCGCCAUGAGAUGAUUUUUAAAGAAAUACUGAUAGUAUGAACUGUGUAAUACUUGUGUUAAAUUACUUGACAGUGAUUGACUGACAGUGGUACUGGUACAUGAUUUCAAGUGAGGAUUGAGUUAGGUACAGUCAAAGUACAUAAAACUGAAAUGUUAUAUCAAAUUAAUUAUUCUUGAAACACAAUAACUUUUAUCAGGUUGCGUAUUGAGUGUCGUCCCACAUAAGUAAAAUGCAUUUCUAGUUCUGGAGCAGUAACCUGCUGGGUUUGUUCAUAUCCUGAUGGCGAAGCUCUCUGUUUCCAUCAAACACAAGCAGGACCUCCAGCUGUAUUCAUCUGCUCUUUUCUUCCAACAGCCCAAACAUGUUAGGCUUAGAUCUGUGUGUGUGUGUGUGUGUGUGUGUGUGUGUGUGUGUGUGUGUGUGUGUGUGUGUGUGUGUGUGUGUGU